CGGGGACUUUAAUACUGAACGGACGUGUAGUUUUUGUGAACUGCAGACGCCAUGGCGGAGGAGGCGCAGAUCGCCGGAGCUGUACGUUCAAACUCCGGCGCUGAUUCUGUUUCUGCUGGAGCGAUGUCGUAUCUACAGGAUGAGAAGUCUGACUUUGAUGUGGUUCCCGCACUGAAUUUGGGUGAUCUGGACAUCACCACAGAUGAGUUCAUUCUGGAUGAGGUGGACAUUCACAUUCAGGCAAAUCUGGAGGAUGAUCUGGUGAAGGAAGCGCUCAAGACGGGUGUGGAUCUGCGGCAGUACUCCAAACAGGUGGAGACGGAGCUGCAGCGCAUCGAACAAGUAUCAAUCAAGGACUAUAUCAAAGAGAGUCAGAAUAUUGCCUCUUUACACAACCAGAUCACGGCCUGUGACUCCAUACUGGAGCGUAUGGAGGGCAUGUUGAGCAGCUUUCAGAGCGACCUGUCGUCCAUCAGCAGCGAGAUCCAGACGCUGCAGCAGCAGUCGGUCAGCAUGAACAUGAGGCUGAAGAACCGUCAGGCCGUCCGCAGUCAGCUCAGCCAGCUGGUGGACGAACUGGUCGUUCCCAGCACCAUGAUCUCCGUGAUUCUGGACAGUCCUGUAACCGAGCAGGAGUUCUUGGAGCAACUUCACGAGCUCAACAGCAAGAUCAACUACGCGAAAGAGCUCAGCUUCAGAGAAACCCUCGCCUGCUCUGACAUACAGGACAUCGUAGAUCGCCUCAAAAUUAAGGCCGUCUCAAAGAUCCGUGAGUUCAUCCUGCAGAAGAUCUACUCCUUCAGAAAGCCCAUGACCAACUACCAGAUCCCUCAGAACACGUUACUCAAGUACAGGUUUUUCUACCAGUUCCUGUUAGCCAACGAGAGGACAGUCGCUAAGGAGAUCCGGGACGAGUAUGUGGACACCAUGAGCAAAAUCUACUUCAGUUACUUCAAGUCGUACAGCGGCAGACUGCUGAAAGUCCAGUAUGAAGACGUUGCAGACAAGGAUGAUCUGAUGGGAGUGGAGGACACAGCCAAGAAAGGUUUUUUCUCCAAGCCUUCUCUCAAGAGUAGGAACACUAUUUUUACUCUUGGCCAGAGGGGGGCGGUACUGAGUCCUGCAGAGCUGGAGGGGCCCAUCCUGAUCCCGCACGCCGCUCAGAGAGGAGACUCCAGAUACCCGUAUGAGACGCUCUUCCGCAGUCAGCACUACGCUCUGCUGGACAACGGCUGUCGAGAGUUCCUCUUCUUGUCCGACUUCUUCAUGGUGGCCGGAAAUUCCGCGUUGGAUUUGUUCAACAGCAUUAUGGGAAAAACACUCAGCAUGUUCCUGAAGAAUCUGUCCACAUACUUGUCCGACUGUUACGACAGUAUCGCGGUGUUUCUCUGCAUUCACAUCAUUCUGCGCUUCAGAGCCAUCACGGCCAAGAGGAACAUCCCCGCGCUCGACAAGUACUGGGAGGCUGUGCUGGAACUGCUGUGGCCGAGAUUUGAGCUGAUUUUGGAGAUGAACAUCCAGAGCAUUCGGAACACUGAUCCUCAGAAACUGGGCGUACUGGACACCAGACCACACUACAUCACACGCCGCUAUGCUGAAUUCUCCUCCGCUAUUGUCAGUAUAAACCAAACCUUUCCCAACGAGAGGACCAAUACCCUUCUGGGACAGCUGCAGAUCGAGGUGGAGAACUUUGUGCUGAAGAUGGCGGCUGAGUUUCCUUCUAGACGAGAUCAGCUCAUCUUCCUCAUCAACAACUACGACAUGAUGCUCAGCGUGCUCAUGGAGAGAGCAGCUGACGACAGUAAGGAGGUGGAGGGCUUUCAGCAGCUCCUGCUGGCCAGAACACAGGAGUUUAUAGAGGAGAUUCUUUCACCCCCGUUUGGAGGAAUGAUUGCGUUUGUGAAGGAGAGCGAGGCGCUAAUGGAGAAAGGGCAACUUGACAAACUCAAAAACGACGAAGCUCGUAUCACUCAGCUGGUGCGGGGUUUCUCCAGCACGUGGAAGCAGUCUGUGGAGGCCUUGAGCCAAGACGUCAUGCGUUCCUUCACCAACUUCAAGAACGGAACCAGCAUCAUUCAGGGAGCGCUGACCCAGCUCAUCCAGUACUAUCACGGUUUCCAUAAGGUCCUCUCCCAGCCCACCUUCCGCAGUCUGGCGGUGCGCUCUGAGCUCAUAAACCUCCAUCAUCUGAUGGUGGAAGUCAAGAAACACAAACCAAACUUUUGAACUGGCACAGGAAUCAUCAGCGUUCGUAGUAGUUACACUGCGGAAAUCAUCCUUUGGGAGAAUCUGAGCAUCACUGAACACGUCCAUAAAACAAGAUCCGUUUUCCCGAUAAGCAAAACUAGGGAGAAAAUUGAAGGCUAGGUUUCAGAAAAUCCAUACUCAGCUGUGAGUAUCAUUUGUCUUGUGUCACUGGCAGAUUUGUGUUUUUAUUAUGAAUAACGGUGCAAAAUAUCCUACAGUCUUAAACAGUUUUCCUUAUCAGGUGAAAGAAACCUGUCUUUACAAGACAUUGAAAGUAUGAUAUUUUGCAGUUUAGAGCUGAAGCUAGAACAGGACUCCUAAAGGCUGAUUUCAGUCGAUGUAAAGACGCGUUCAGUAUUUUGAGCGCUAAUCGUAUUAUUUGGUCAGUCUUUUGUUUUUAGGUUUGCUGAUCUUGGGCCGCAUUUGUAAUUUCCUCUUUAAUAUAAUUUGAUUUCUUUCAUUGUUUAAUCUGUAAAUUCAGUCGCCGCUUCUUUAAAUGUUUUUGUGAUAUGAAAUGUUCUCUUUUUUUUCUUCUCUGAAGUAUGUGUGCGCUGUUGUUGUGUUUAAGUUAUAACAGAAAGCAUUCCGUGUCUUGAAAUAAAAGACAUUCAAAGA